CGUUUCCACACAUGUCACUGACAGUUCCGAGCGAACCAAAACACAAAAUCCGGAAAAUGGCCCUCUCGCUUUGGACGAAAUAUUCGAUAAUUACCAAGGCGGCACCCACCGUUCUGCGGAGUUUUUCAUUAUCAUCGAUAAAUAAAUUAAAAGAGAUCAAGGAGGUGAAGGUAAAUGACACGCUGGUGGUGAAGGGAGAGUACGUACCGUCACCGCGCCAGGACACGCUCGUACCGCAGCUAUUGGAGGCACGUGAAUGUGGUGCCAAGUUCUGCCCGCAGUGCACACUUGGAUUAGACAUCAAGCACACCGAUGUACUCAUCCUUAGCCAGUACUUGCGCUCGGAUGGCUGCAUGCUACCGCGGCGAGUGACCGGAUUAUGUAAGCGGCAGCAGCGGCGUAUCGGGGCGAUGGUCACCAUGGCACAGAAGGCCGGCCUCAUGCCGAAUUUGAACCCGGCAUCGAGCAAAAAGGACCCCAAGAAACGGUACCAAUGGAAGAAGUACAACAAAUACUUCGACGAAGACACGAUCAAGUGCUAGGCGAGCGGACAAACAAUAAAUUAGAUUCGUACGUAUGUUGUUUUAGGAGAUAAA